AUGGCACUUGUGCCAGGAAGCGGUGAGGAGAAUGGGCCUUGGACUAGAGAUAGUCCAGGCUCCUCCAAGCAUCUAGAAAGUCCCAGGCUGAUGAACCCUCUCUGGAAGAACAGAGGCGAGAUUAGCAGGGUUGAAGGUUACCAGGAUUUUCAGGUUAGUACUUCCCUACCCUGUGUCCUGCAGCUGGCUCAUCCUCCAAUUUGUCCCAGCCUCCCUGCUAUCUCUAUUCAGGUUGUUUCUCAAAAGUCCCACCUGCCCUCUAUUGUGGUGGAAGCCUCUGAGGUGAAUGAAGAAGAGAGUGGGGAUCUCCAGUGGCCCCAGGAGGAGCUGCUGCUGCUCACAGAUGGUGAGGAAGAGGAGGCUGAGGCCUUCUUCCAGGACGAAAGUGAAGAACCAGGCUGGGCUUGGAGCCCACAGGACCCCAGGUUUCCCUUAAGAACAUUUAAUGUUGGAUUCAGCUGGGGCCAGGAACAGGACGACCAAGAUGCCUCUUGGAUUCCUGAGGACACAGAGUGUGAGGAACCCCCCAACCUCUGUUCUUCUUGGGACCCAGCAAUGGGCUCCAAUGUCUGCCGAAGCCACUUUGUGGAAUAUUCUCAUCUCUUGCCUCCUAAUAGCUUGGAGGGAACUGAAGAAGAAGCUCUUCAAGCGCCGGCGGGUGUUGAAUCGGGAGCGGCGACUGAAGCACCAGGUGGUUGGGGCUGUGAUAGACGCAGGGCUGAUCACAAGGCACCAUCUCAAGAAGCGGGCGUCCAGUGCACGUGCCAACAUUACUCUGUCAGGGAAGAAGCGCAGGAAACUCCUGCAGCAGAUCCGCCUUAUGCAGAAAGAGAAGGCGGCCAUGGAAGUGGAAGCUCCUUCAAAGCCAACCAGGACUAGUGAAGCAGAACCCAAACAGCAAAAGAAGACAAAAGCCCACCAGGACGUAGACAUGAAGGACCUUGAAGAUGAGAGCUAAAGUUCUUACCUCUUCUACCACAAGUUUCUCAGCUGGAGCCAUAAGGACUCCAGAGGUGGUUUCAGAGGACUUUGGAGAAAGCAUUGCCCCUUUUCAGCUCUGCCCAGAUUCCUCUUCCAUAAUGGCUUACUGACCUUCCCUGUAGGAUGUAUUAUGAGGAAAAAGGAUACAGAAGAAAAUUGGGGAGGGGCCUGUCUAGCAGUCAACAUUUGUAAUAAAGCCCUAGAGCUCUGACUGAA